AUGAGCGCGCAGUCCGCGAACGACGCCGACGAGCGAAGCGCGGCGGACAUCACCAAGGCGAAGGAGGCUGUGCUCGAGUCCGAUCACGCCUCGUUCGUCGCGGCGGUGGUCUCGGGCGACAUCGCGUCCUCCCCCGUCGCCGUCGCGACGGGCGACGUCGCGGAAGAGGUCCGCGUCGCCGCGCUCUCCAUCGCGCGCGCCGCGCUGUCCGGCGACGCCGCCGAGGGCAAGUCCGCGGAGAUCCUCUCGGCGCUCGCGAAGAUGGUCGAGGACAAGGUCGUCGCCGCGGAAGCCGCCACGCAGGCCCGGUCCGAGGACCACAGGCGCGGCGCGCUCGUCGCGCUCUACGGCCACUGCGCGUCGACGUCCCUCCCGGCGGGCGACGCGGGGCGGGAACCGGCGCUCAAGCUCAUCCUGAAAUCGCUCGGGACGCUCGGAGACCACGGAUGCUUCGUCGCGGCUCCCGCGCUCGCCCCGCUCGCCGCCGACCUCGGCGUCGCCUCGAACGCGCUGGUCAAGCAGCUGAUGACCGACGCCACGACGUCCGCGUCCGAGUCCGAGCGACGCGCGGGCGCCGCGGGCGUCGCCGGCCUCUUCUCCGGUUUUGGCGGGUCUUCCAUCGCAAAAUUCGGAGCCGUCACGCACGUCGAGGAGGCUCUCGACGCCAAGAAGGACGCCAUCGCUCGCGCGGGGGCGUGCGCGAUGUACGCCCACAUGUGCGCCACCGCGGGCAGGGCGUUCGAGCCCUUCGCGGUGAAGCUCGCGCCCAAGGUUUUCGCGCUUCAGGGCGACGCAUCAGCCGAGGUGAGAGCCGCCGCGGACGCCGGACAGACGGCGCUGGUCAAGAGCCUCCCGCUGACGGCGAUGAAGCUGCUGUCCCCCGCGCUGGUGUUCGCGAUGGGGCACAAGAGCUGGCAGGCGAAGUGCGGCGCCCUCGGCACCUGCGGCGACCUCGCGCAGCGGGUGCCGCAGUACUUCAUGCGAACCAUUCCGGAGAUUUUCCCGGCGUUUCUGGAGUGCGUCUUCGAUACCCACCCGAAGGUAUCCGCGCUCGCGGGCCACGUCAUGGAGCCCAUCUGCCGGUGCGUGAAGAAUGCCGAGGUGCUCGGGAUGCUCCACCUCGUCAUGGACGCCAUCAGGGAGCCCCAGAAGGAGACGGAGACGUGCCUCGAUAAGCUGAUGGAGACGACUUUCGUCAACUCCAUGGACGCGCCGAGCCUCGCCGUCGUCCUCCCCAUCAUCCUCCGAGGACUGCGCGAGCGGACCAAGGAGCUCAAACAAAAAGCCGCGGUGACGUGCGGCAACAUCUGCGCCCUCGUCGACGACGUUCGAGACCUGAACCCCUUCAUCCCGAGCCUCAAGCCCGAGCUGGAGAAGUGCGAGGAACACUCGCACCCGGAUCUCCGCGAGUGCGCCGCCAAGGCGAAAGGGAGCCUGCUUAAGGGCCUAGAGGGCCAGGGCGCGAGCGGUGACAGGAAGGACGCCACGACGUGCGUCGUGAAGGCUCUGGAAUCCGUCCAGGGCGGCGUCGACGCCGAGACAAAGGCGUACGCGGCUUCUCUGGGCGGUUGGGUCAUCGAGUCUGCUCCGAUGCGAAUCCCGCCCUCGAUCCUCGCCAACGACGUGAAGCACGAGCUGCUCGCGCUGCUCGAGGGUAUGAUGGACGAGGAGCAGCUCAAGUCCGCGGCGGAGGGCGCGGUGCUGGAGUACAAGGGCCUCGACGCCGCGGCGCUUCUCGACGACGAGCAGAAGGACUACAUCGUCGAUCUCCAGGGUAUCAUCCUUGCCUUCGCCGGCCGGGUGCUUCUCCAGCGCACCAACUUCUCGUUGGAGCGCGGAAAGACGUACGGCAUCGUCGGACAGAACGGCACCGGCAAGACGACGCUGCUGAACCGCGUAGCGGCGAAGGACAUCGCGGGCUUCCCCCCCGACGUCUCCGUCUAUUACAUCCAGCACGAGAUUCUCAGCGAAAAGGAGGAGACCAUCGUCGACUUCAUGGUCCAGAUGGUUCCCGAGGGCGUCAGCCGCGAGACCGUGGUGAACACCCUGAAGGAGGUUGGCUUCGACGACGUGAAGAUGGCGGCGACGAUCCAGUCGCUCUCCGGAGGGUGGAGGAUGAAGCUGGCCAUCGCGAGGGCGAUGCUCUGGGACGCCGAGGUCCUGCUCCUCGACGAGCCCACCAACCACCUGGACACCGCCGCGAUCGCCUGGCUCACCAACUACCUCAAGUCCCUCACGAACACCACCAUCUGCCUGGUGUCGCACGACUACGACUUCCUCGCGGACGUCCUCACCGACGUCAUUCACCUCCACGAUAAGAACCUGACCUACUACCCCAUGGGCUUCAAGGAUUUUCAGAGCCUCAAGCCCGAGAUUGUCGCCGCGUUGCCGUCGCCGAACAACGCCAUAAGUGAAUCUCCGGCUCCGGUGAAGUACGCCUUUGACUCCAUCGGCGACAACCAACCGGCUCACAUCAAGCCCAUUCGCUUCCCCGAGCCCGGCCCGCUGGAGGGCGUCAAGUCCAGGAACAAGUGCGUGAUGUACAUGAAAGAGGUGGCGUUCACCUACCCCGGCACCGACCGCAAGAUUCUCACCAACGCCAACGUGAAGAUCACGCAAGAUUCGCGAGCGGCGCUCAUCGGCGCCAACGGCGCGGGAAAGACGACCCUGAUGAAGCUGCUGAUCGGCGAGCUCUCGCCCGACGAGGGCGUCGGGGAGGUGUGGCAGCACCAUAACCUGCGCCUCGCGUACAUCGCGCAGCACUCCAUGCAUCACCUCGAGGAGAGCAUCGAAAACACGCCGCUGGAGUACCUGCAGAACCGCUUCUACCUGGGCCGCGACAAGGAAAUCGCCAAGCGGUCUUCUCACAACCUCUCCAAGGAUGAGCUCAAGCAGUCGAUGGAGCGCGGCCAGAUCAGCGAGAUCAUCGGUCGCCAGGAGCGCGGCAAGACCCUGUUCUACGAGUGCCGAAGGAGCGGCCGCGAGGACAAGGACACCGAGUGGGAGCCCAUCACGUCGCUCAUGAAAAAGGACGAGUACGUCAUGAAGAUGGUUCGCAACUUUGACGAGAAGCUCAAGGCGAUGCAAUCGGGCAUGGACCUCCGGCCGUUGACCAAGGAGGAGGUCCGUCUGCACCUGGAGCAGUUCGGAAUCGACCAGGACCUCGCCAUGGGCAAGAUCAAGCGAAUGUCCGGGGGACAAAAGUCGCGUCUGGUGCUGGCCGCGGCGAUGUGGAUCAACCCCCACAUCAUCGCGUUGGACGAGCCCACCAACUACCUCGACAACGACACCUUGGCAGCGCUUACCAAGGCGCUGAAGGACUUCCAGGGCGGCGUGCUGACCAUAUCGCACAACCAGGCCUUCAUCAACGAGCUGUGCAACGAGACGUGGACGGUGGGCGACGGCAUGGUCGUCGCCAAGGCCAUCGAGGGCAAGGAGAAGAAGAUGUCCGUCGCGGAGAGGCGCGCGCUGAAGAAGGGCGGCGAGGACGCCGCCGCUGACGUGGCGCUGAAGGGGGCGAAGGAGAACAAGAAGCUGACGAGCAAGGAGAAGAAGGCGCAGAAAGAGGCGGCGCUGAAGGCGAAAGGUCCCAUCAAGGAUGCCUACUACAAGGGCAUCUGA